CUUUAGUCAUCGUCGCUCUGUCAUCGUGAUCGGGACAAUAUUUGCGCGCUAACGGCCGCAUGUGCUUAAGCUAUUUUCAAUAUAACUCUUUUUGUUGUUGUGCGAUUUUGUAAUUUUUAAUUUUCUUACCACGUUAAGUGCGACGUCAUCGAAUCGCCAUUUAUCGCUGCUUAAAUAGACAUUGCUCGAGCACGCUUUGGCAUGCCGAGGCAAAAGUUAUUUUCUUAGUGCUUUUUAUAGCCGAAUAAGUGGUAUUUUUGGCCAUGUUUAACGCACACGACAAUGGCGCCUGCGCAGCUGCCACACCUUCACCGACAACGCAGCCAGCUUAUGAAUUUAGCCAGCCACGGCUGAAGUGUGGGGAGGUUUUCGUUUGGGACUGCGUCGGUGAACUCUUCGCUAUCGAAUGUCAGCUCUGCGAGGAACGACCGAUCUGUACGCUUUCCGAGUUUGCAGAGCACAUGGAUAUCUGGCACUACGAUUGGACAGCGGAGGCGUAUGCCUCACUACCAGAUUCAACGACGCAAGAACGCUGUGGAACUUGGACCACUCAAUGGACGGCUAUGGAGGAGCAAACAGACUCGGCGAGCGAAGUCGAUAAUUUUGGAUCAGAAGCUGAAAUAGAUGCAGAGAUACAAGACACUUUUAUGGAAGCGACAGCUUUGGCUGAAAGCGUGCCGAGGCACGCGACAACGAUUUCCGAUAGCAGUGAAAACGUAGCCAUAUCCGUCGCUUGCGACAACAACUCAAGCUCGUUUGCGCCGUUCGAAGUGAUAGCGCGCGCUUCUACUGCUGUACGCUUAAUCGAUAGUGGAGUUGCAAGUAAUUUGUGUGCGGAAGAAAAGACGCUUCGCGGUGCUGAAGACAUGUAUGUGAAGUGUGCGAGCGCAAGUACAAUGACUGCCGACGUACAAAAACAGGUUGAGAAUCCCGCCCGGCAACGUAGUAAAACUGAGAAGUUAAUCGAAAUCUAUGAGAAAUAUCCCGAGCUCUGGCGUAAACAACAACGCAGCGAACUUAAACCUGAGGAGCAAGCGGAAGCAUAUCGCAGCAUCAGCCUUGAACUAAAGCAACAUGGAAUAAACCUCGGAGCGGCAGCGGUAAAACAUCGGCUGGCGGUGCUACGAAAACGUUACCGCCUCGAGAAACUCGAAGAGCUGAGAAGCAUGCUGGAAGGCCGGUCAUCUGAGAGAUGCUUUGAGUUUUAUGCGCACCUAUCAUUCUUGAAAGAACACAUCGAGCCACAGUUUUGUGGAAUUUGCAAACGAAUUUGCAAAGAUGCGACUGAAUGCUGCAAAAGUUCAGAACAAGAGACAGGCUCCAUAGAUAGCGGUACAAUAGAAGAAAGUGGAGAAAAAAUGGAGUACUGCUUACUGCCGAUACAAUUGAACGGCAGUGAAUUACAGAAAGAAGACGUUGUAGGGACUGAUGACGUUAACGGGUUUACACAGUGCGUGAGUUCUGCGGAUGGAGUUUCCGCAGAGAUUAUAGACAAUCAGGUUGACGUAAAUUCAACUGCAAGCGAGUCCCAGCACUGUGGUGGUGAUUUAGCAGCUGAAACAUCAAUCGCCUCGGAGCCGGCGACCGCGCAGUCAGAGACGAAAUCUUUCAAGCAAAAAAAUGCACUCAGCAAACGUAGAAAUGCAGAGUACGAUUCAAAUGUGGAGAAGAGAGUUUUACGGAGAAGAAACGAGGGAGGCAAGGUAGAAAUUUUGGAAGUAAUAGAGCUGCAGCCGGUGUUCGAUCUAAACACACAAGAACCGGAAGUAAGCACCUCUACCGUUGAUGCCAGUGCAGUAGAAACGAUGCCCAAGAACAAUGCUACAACUGUGGCUGACGAAAACGUGGCUUCGGAGGAGUAUGACUCUUCGAAUGGUGACUCGGGAAUUUUACAAGAUUGCGACGAGCGAAAUGAGGCCGGGACCACUGAAAAUACAGAAAAAGCUAAAGGCGAAUCUUUUGCGCGGCUCACGACCGAACAGACGCGUAAAUUAAUUCAGCUCUACGCGGAGCACCCGAUUCUUUGGAACUCCUCACAUAGGGACUUUAACGCGCGUGAGCGGCGCCGCAACGCUUGGCGGAAAUUGACCGCACAGCUGAAUGAGCACUUUCAAAUGCACUACACCUGGACAACGGUUCAUCGCAAAGUGCACGACUACGUCAAGUAUUACAGACGUGAGCGAACGCGUAUCGAGUCGGAGGGCGGCAGUACGCGUUGGUGUUUCUACGAUGACUUCGCCUAUCUAGCGCCGAUGCUUGCGGAACACGCCAACGAUCCGUCGAAGCAGCUGCUGAGCAAGCAACAAAAUCUGAAAAUCAUAGAGGUAUAUGCCGAGCAUCCGCAGUUGUGGGACAUCAAUAAUGCGCAAUUCAAGCGACGCCGCUUGCGCCAAGGGCUUUUCAAGUCGAUGAGCGACAAGCUACGCGACGCGCACAACAUCAACAUUUCGGCGCUCAAACUCAAGCAACGUAUAGUCGAAUUCCGUUGCACCUAUCGGCUGGAGAAGGAGCGCCGCUUCACCUCCGAGGAGCAGGGAGAAAUAUACACGCCCAGGUACGAGUACUACGAUCUACUCAAAUUCCUCGACCCGCAUGUGGCGCCAUUCGUUUGCGAGAAAUGCGGCGCGCAAUAUAAAAAACACACCGAAAUCGAGCGCCACAUGUGGCAAGAGCACAACAACAAGCGUCGCAAAGCCAAAGCAAAGCGCGCACCGCUAACAGCACCCGAAAAGAAAGCCGCCGCGCUUGCCAACGUCUGCCACAUCUGCGGCAUGAGCUUCACCAUGCGGCGCAAUCUCAGGUGCCAUCUCCAGCGGCACACCAAUCAGCGACCGCACGCAUGUACGCAAUGUCCGAAAAAGUUCUUCGACGCCGCCACGUUGCGCCUUCACGAGCGCUCGCACACCAAGAUCCGGCCGUUCAUCUGCGAGCAAUGCGGCGCCAGUUACGUCAGCGGCAGCAAACUAAAUCAGCACAUCAAACGGCACAGCAAUAAGCGCGAUCAUGCCUGCGAGCUGUGCGGCAAGGCCUUCUACUCGGCCUUCGAGUGUGAUCGGCACAUGCGCACACACAUGAAUAUACGUGAGAAGGUGUGCACCAUUUGCGGCAAGGAUUUCAGUGUCGGCUCCAGUUACUAUGCGCACAUGCUGCUGCACUCGGGUGUGAAGCGGUACAAGUGUAAUAUGUGCUGUCAGCAAUUUGCGCAAUUCGCUGGAUUGUAUAAGCAUCGCAAGCGCUAUCACCCAGCUGAGUUUGUGAAGGAGAGGGCGGAGAAGAUGAUAGAGCGUGCAGCAUCCGGAGCAGGAGCGGGUGAGGGCGCCGGUAUAGAGGGGGAAGAGGAGAAUAAAGACGUUGCAUGAGAUACCGGGAAACAUUAAAGAACCACUGCCGCAGCGGCGAUUCAAAACAGAACUAAAUUUUAUAGCUAAGUGAAAUAUACAUUGAUAUUACAACAGCAAAGAGAACUAUUUGAAAGAUUAUGAAAAUACUUCGAAGAAAGACAUCACCUCCAGUAACGCUAGCAGCGCCAAGAUUUUUGAAAAUUUAAAUGCUGAGCUUAAAUUGGUAACGAUUUCCUAAUAUACAUUUCAUCUUGAAUUUCACGGCUUGAAGUACACAAGAUAAUGCAAAUAUUACAUAAGAAAAUACAAAAUUAUAAAUGGUGAACUAAAUACCCCGUAAUGUUGUUCAUAAAUCCCUAUACUACUGAAAUAGUCAACCAAAAGAAGUCAAACUUACCAGUGAA